GACGAGCAACCCGCCUUGCGAUUGCUUCACAAACUUGACGUGCUGGAUUCUUUGGUAGCGCCAAAUCGAACAGAACCCCAAAGCCCUUCGAAAUAUCCCAAAGUGACUGCCCGGAGAGACCGGUCGCAAUGGCGCUAAAUCGCAUCAAUGGGCGCGAAGACCUCUUCGUAGGAGGCAUCUUCGGUGUCAACCGCGCCCGCUUAAUCGAAGAAAACAAGAUCACGCACAUCCUAUCUGUCAUCAACUACACCCUCCCUGCCGACCCCGCGUUUCGCAAUGUCCAACAUCUUAGCAUCGACAUUGACGACGUGGAGGAGGCCGAUAUUUUGGUUCACUUCCCCAAGAUGGUCCGCUUUAUCGAGCGCGGGUUGUACGGUGACGAAGCAGCUUCGAUAGCAUUCGGAGGGGAUAAUGCGCCAGUAGUAGUACCUACACCCGCGAGCGCGAGUGCAAAGAUCAACGGCGACGACGAGACAGCGCACGACGCCGAUGCCAUAACCGCCGCGCCACCCAUCACCACCACCACCAUAACAUCACAACAACAACAAACAAAACCCGGCGCCGUCCUAGUCCACUGCGCCAUGGGCAAAUCUCGCUCCGUCUCCGCCAUCGUCGCCUACCUCCUCUGGAAACACCCGCACCGCUUCGGGCGGUCCGACCCUUCUACGCCCGCGCGCCGCGCCGUCACGCAGGCCAUCAACUGGGUACGACAGACCCGACCCAUUGCCGAGCCCAACGACGGGUUCAUGGAGCAGCUAGAGCUAUGGUGGACCAUGGGCUGUCCCCUCGAGUCAGGAGACGACGCGGUCGAGAACCACCCUGCCUACCAGCGGUGGCUGUACAAGCGCGAGGUGGAGGACGCGACAAGGAUUGGCCGGGUGCCAGACUGGAUCCGGUUCGAGGAUGAGGAGGCAGCUAAGCUUGCUUCUGAGAACAACAACAAAGAGGCGGAGGCGGGUGGUGGUGCGGCGUCGCUAAGUCUAAGAUGCAAAAAGUGUCGAAGAACACUGGCGACGAAGCCGUUUAUUGUCCCGCACCACCAGGGGAAAGGAAACAAAGAAAGGGACUGCGGACAUUACUUUGUCGAGGCCCUGUCGUGGAUGCGCCCGACGCUGGAGCAGGGCGAGCUGGAGGGCAGACUAACGUGUCCGAACCAAAAGUGUCUGGCGUCCGUGGGGAGGUACACAUGGCAAGGGUUUAGAUGUAGCUGUGGCGACUGGAUCGCGCCGGCGUUCUCGCUGCAGAAGAGCAAAGUGGAUGAGGCGACGUCGGCGCCGCAUCCAGGUGGUGCCGGUAGGGGGCCUGGCGGCGGCGGUGGUGGGGCAGCUGCCGUGGCGGCGAGGAUGGCGGCGUUGGGGAUUAGGAUGCCGCCUGGUGGUCUGGCUGGACAAAGAGGAGCUGGGGAGGGCGCGGGGGCGGCAGGUGGACCUAAGGAGAACCUAUGAAUGGAUUCUUCUUUUGUGGGUAGAAGUCCAUGGCUACCUACAAUCUAUCUGCCUUUGGAUCCUGAUCAUCCCAUCGAUCCUUGCCUCGCAAGCUGCGGUGGUAUGACGCGGAAUGAUGCCCUAGAGGAGUUAUACAUUGCCUGACGGCCUCUGCGAAGAGGAUGCGUACUUUUGGGUUUUCUGUACUGGCCUCGCAGGUUGUCAACCAAUGUUCAGAGCAUCUUCCACGUCGGGGAAAAACACCCAGGAGUAUACACACCCCAGUGCGGUCCACAGCAAAGUCCCGUCGUUGAGGGGAUGAAGAUACCACUCCGGACAUCUAAGUGGCGGAUCAUGAACACUGCGUUACGCCUUUGUAGAACACGAGUUCUCGGCCAGGCAAGUGACGUAAGAGGUUUAGGAAGGGCUUUCCUAUGGAAGGCUUAUGGUGACAGGAAGAUCAGCAGGAGCAUUGGAUCAGAUGCCACCUUGUGCUGAGUACCUAGUUUAGGCCCUUUGAUGCUUCAGUUUCCCUCCGAGGAUACAGUUACACCUGGGGAUGAAGUAGCCCAUCAUCCCUUGCCUGAGAUGGGAGAGAGGUGUAGAUUUGAGAUGUCUUAUGGAUUCCUGCUUAGAGACCUAUAUACCAGUGACGUGAAGUCCAUAUUUGAAUAUACGCUACCUCUAGGCAUAUCGUCUGUUUUCAGAACUUGACACUCAAG